GUAAACACUGAAAGGAGUAAACAAAUAUGUUCAAAAAUGGGAAGUGAGGGAGGGGAAGGAAAAACGAGAGGCAGGGCUUGGGUGAGGAAGGGGGGCAGAUUACCUUAAUUCGUUUUCACGCUGUCGGUACUGUCCCACGCGGGCUGAUUGCGCUUCACGAGGACCGUCUGCAAACUAACAGAAGCUGUCAGUAACCCACUACAACACACAAACACAACACAUUCUUCAACACGGCGAGAUUCAGCAUCACUAGGGGGACGUCGCGCGCCUAAACCGCUCCGCUUCGCCGGGCAAACGACACACAGUCACUCAGCGGGGCAUCACCGGGCAUCGAGUCGGAAGACAAGCACCAGAAGCGGGGUUGGCAACACGCGCAGCGGCACCGAGCGAGGACCAUGGAGAGCGCCGGCAACAGCUCGGACCCAGCUCAGCGGAGCCAGCUCCCUUUGUUUUACAACAGCAGCUUCUGUCGGAACUUCUCUGACAACAGCAGCUCUGGGGAGAUGCGGUGCGUCGACGACAGCGGGCUGACCGGCACCCUGGACGACGACGCCAACCCGGUCAUCAUUGCCAUUGUCAUCACCGCUCUUUACUCCAUCGUGUGCAUGGUGGGGCUGGUGGGGAACGUGCUGGUCAUGUACAUCAUUGUCAGGUACACUAAAAUGAAGACAGCAACCAACAUCUACAUCUUCAACCUGGCUCUGGCAGACGCAUUGGUCACCAGCACUCUUCCGUUCCAGAGCGUCAACUACCUGAUGGGCACCUGGCCGUUCGGUGACAUGCUUUGCAAGAUGGUCAUGUCCAUCGACUACUACAACAUGUUCACCUCCAUCUUCACUCUCACCACCAUGAGCAUCGACCGCUACAUCGCCGUGUGCCACCCAGUUAAAGCGCUGGACUUCAGGACGCCACGCAAUGCAAAGAUUGUCAACGUCUGCAACUGGAUUCUCUCCUCAGCCAUCGGGCUGCCCGUCAUAUUCAUGGCCUCCACCACUGUCACUCAUUCUAUCAUUGACUGCAAGCUGAUUUUCCCUCACCCCUCCUGGUACUGGGACACCCUGCUGAAGAUCUGCGUAUUCAUUUUUGCCUUCAUCAUGCCCGUCCUCAUCAUCACCAUCUGCUACGGGCUCAUGAUCCUGCGGCUCAAGAGCGUGCGAAUGUUGUCAGGCUCUCAGGAGAAGGACAGGAACCUCCGUCGAAUCACCCGCAUGGUUCUGGUAGUGGUUGCCGUCUUCAUCGUCUGCUGGACCCCUAUCCACGUCUUUGUCAUCAUCACAGCUCUUAUCAACAUCCCCAGCUCCACGCUGCAAACUAUCACCUGGCAUUUCUGUAUCGCUCUGGGCUACACCAACAGUAGUCUGAACCCGGUUCUUUAUGGCUACCUGGACGAGAACUUCAAGCGUUGUUUCCGUGAGUUUUGCACCCCGAGCCCUUCGGUGCUAGAGAUGAAGAGCUCAUCCAGAACCGGUGCCACCAGCCGCAAGAUCCCACAGCUUGAACAAAACAGUGCAAACACAGUCGACAAGUCCAAUCAGCAGGUAUGACUAGCCUUGGAGGGGUCGUCGGUUGAUUCUCGCUGUUGUGGCGGUGUUGCCAACGACGAUCUCAACUCAGAAGUCACGCAGGUCACCACAGGGCUUUAAUUGUGCACACACAAACUAAACACGACGACAGAAAUGGGGACUUGAGUUUGGGACUGGGACUUAAGUCCCACUUAAGUCGUAUUUUCUGUGUCUUGAGACUCAACUUAGACUCGCACUCAGAAGACUUGAGACCCGACUCGGACUUAUAGUUUAAAACUUACAAACAAUCUUGUUUUUUUUUCAUGAUCUUCUCCCCGUCCGAUCUCCUGUCUGCUGACAUUUCCCCAGAUGUGACACUGACAUAGUGUCCGCAGCGCACGGGCAGUCAAUCAAAAAAAUGACAAUACCAGUGAACACGGCAUUGUAACUUUUGGGUAUUAAAUACUUAAUAAAAAGGGACCAGUAUAAGAGCAGCAAACUGGAACAUCUGUGGUAUAAAAUCCAGGAUGCUGGAUCCACCUUCAUCCAACUUGGAUGGUUUGGUCAUUGUAAUAUGAACACUAAUGUAGUUGCUGACCCCUGAUCUACAGGUUUUCCAAAUUCAGUAAAACAAAGAAAUCUUCCAGAGGAGAGGGACAGAGCAUUUGUUAGUUCAGGCUAAAGGUCAGUGCUCUUACAAAAUGUUGGUAGAAAGGCUGAGUACAGAUUUUAAAUUCCUUGAAUAAUAUCUUCUAAGCAGACCAGACAGCAGCUUACUCAUUACAACUAAAACUGACUUGCAACUUGACUUGGACUUGCAAGAAAGGACUUGUGAACAUCUCUGCAUGAUGACAUGAAAUCCAGAACAUGGCUCAAACUGACCGGGACAGACCACUUUAAUGAUGUGUUGCCAGAUUAAACGUAGAGUGAGGCCAGUAACCUGCCGACCCCCACUGAUACUGACCAUUAAAAUAUCUUGGCCUCCCAGUUAAAAAAUGUUUUCACUAAAUUGUAUCACAAAUUAUUACCUAGUUUUCAUUGGUGUCAUUGGUCAAAUAUACACUGUAUAGACAGAAAUAUCAUACAGUCAGCAAAGGAAAACACAGAUUCAAGUCAGUUACAUGUUGAUGUUUCAUUCUUUCUGCCUCACUGGGCUGAGCAUCCUGUCCUAUCGCCCAGCUUAUCGCUAAUUCAUUAGGUUGUAAAAACAAAUCACUUAAUUGUCUUUGUUCGUAUGCCUUCGCGCCACUCUAUCACUUUUCGUCUAGACGUCUUUAUGAAUUAUUUGCACAUGUGCGAGAAAGGCGUAAGUUGUGGGAAAUGUGGAUUUAUGGUGGAUACUGCUCAAGCGGGUCUGUGACUUUCUGCCCACAUGAAGACUUUACUGGAUGCAAAGCUGAAUUUAAAGUCACUUGCACCAGCUGUGCUUGUUAACCUGCUUUUAUGUGGCUUCAGCAGGGGCUGGCCUUUUCAUUUAACCACACUCACUCAUCUGCUCGGCACCUUGCUGGCUUCAGCCACUUCAGGAUCAUGAAACAUGUUGCCGUACAACUGUGCUCUUUCAUCAACCCAUUUCGAUGAUAUGGUAUAAGACUAUGUGUGCUCUCUAUUCACAAAGCCUAACAAAUGUCUGAAUGUACAGAAAGGAAACCAUGAUGGGUUCUCUGAACUGUGGACGCGCCGGCCAGCAAAGAAAAUGCAUUAGGUUGUUUGUACAGCUCACAAAGCAUGCUGUUACGGGAUACAGUGCAAACACUUUGCUCUAUCUAUGUAUGAUUAACCACAGCUUAGCCAUUACGGCAGGAAUGGGUUUAAAUAGAGUCACUUCUCACUUAUCAAGUGAGACAAGCAGGAUUGUACAUCGUGUAUAAUCUUUAAAAUGACUUAUGCUUGUAUGUUGUGCUGUGUGCUAAACGUGCAAGAUGCCUUUUUUCUGUCAAUAAGUAUUGUUUUUCAAAAGCUCUAUAAACAUGAAAAUGAUUGUAUUAAUCUGCCAUGUAAAGUAUUGUAAGUACUCUGUUGCUUUUUUAUAAAUGUGAAAUCAUGAAAAUCAUUGUGCUCCUAAAUAGAUUAAUAGAAAUCAUCUUAUUGAAUCUGCCUUUUGAACUGAGGAGGUAUGUAAAAAUCGUUAUUGUGUAAAAGCUUAAAUUGUGCUUUAAAAAAUGUGAGUUUAACUUGUUUUGUUUGGUGUAAAAAAAAGUGAUGUUGGUGCCACAUUUUUUGUCAGUUUUUAAAAGAAUUUACAGAUUAUUAUGUUGUUUUUGUCCUUCAGGCUGUUAGAGAGAAAAUAAAGAGCCUGAGAUAAGAAACAGAGUUUACUGUCACAUGCUCUGUCACACACAUGUUCACAUUGCUUUGUUAUCGUUGUAUGAGAAAACAAAUGUACACUGUGUGCAAUUCACAUGAUGAUAAUGUGAACAUAAAUGGUGAGGAGCCAAGUUUUUUCCUUUCAUGCUAGCAGUUAAAAGAAAAUAAUGAGUAGUUAUGUCACAUCACGACAGGAAAACCUGGUGUCAUGGGAAAAAUAUGAAAUAGGAAUAACACAAAAAGUAACUUUGAAAAACAAAAGAGAAGUCUAAAACAGAAAUAUGAAAAGUGUCAGACGGGAGAACAGUUUAGGUCUUCAGGAUGAUACUUGUGUGUUACUCUACUGCUAAACCCCCUCCCAGGAUGCUUGGAUGAUUAAAUGAUGUAUAUUGUGUCCUUAGCUUUUUUUUUCCCCCAAAUUUUCUGAGGCCUUAAAGAAAUCUCAUGGUUUAGGUCAAAAUACAGCAGUGAUACAGUACCACUGCAUUCCUGUUCCAGCCUGUCUUUACACUUGCUUAUAGCAGCUGGCUGGCUUGUAGGGGCUGAAGCGAACCCUCCCACCCCUCUCUGUCAGAGGUUGUACCUCUUUUCAGAUUGUUGUGAGAGCAUCUAGAUGUAAUUUUAAACACAAAUUAUAUUUAUGAACCAUAAAGUGUGUUAUUACCCUAUGAGAAAACAUGCUGAGCCCGAGAGCUCACAGCAAACUGAUUAAAAAAUAAAAUAUAAACAGGCAGACACAGUGACACAGAAAGAAAACUAAAGUAACGUAAAAACCAGCUUCAUUCAGUGCAAUUCUUCUAUUGCAUAUCAGCUCAAUAAAUCCUAAAUUCCACUGUUACUUCAUCUGUUACACAAGUGAAGUUUCACCUAUAUUAAUUUUUGUAAUGAUGGGUUCCAGUGUUCAGCUCCUAUGCUUUUAGGGACUGUUUCAUAACAAAGGGGCCACUUUGAAAGUCAAAUUUUCAACUGGUAAAAUAAAUCAAAGUAUGAUUUUGUUUUCCUAGUUGGGAACUUGGAUUAAAUCUGUCGACCCAGAUUAAUACUUUUUUUUCAGAUUGAAAUGUAGCUAACCAUGUAACUGUAAUUUUGUUCAUUUUCUAUUCUUUCCUAAUAAAAACAUGAACAGAGUAGUGGUCUAGCAUUAGUAGGUGAUUUAAUCCUUAAGUGAACUGUGUAUUUGAUUAUGAGAAUUUACUGUUAACUGACAAAAGCAAAAUAAUCUUGACUCCUGAAUGCAGCCUGGAGCAGAUAAAUAAUAUAACUGAUACGACGUCCUAACAUUCCCACAGAAUGACGUUUUAGGAGCAAGGUGACCCCAAAGUUAGAGUUUAUGAGUUGUUGGUUAUAAUAGACAGAUAAAUAAAUUCUUUUAAACAGAUUUUUUUUUCAGCUUUAAACUGUUGUUUUGUGAGUUUCACAAAAAUGUUGAAUUGCUUCAUUAAUCGUUACUUUGUUGUCCAUUAACAUGUAAACGAGACAGUCAUGUCCUUGGAGACACAACAGAUUAUGUCUUGUCACCUGCUGUGACAUGUUUAGCAAAAAAGUGAUGGGUUGACCUCUCGCUUUGUUUACAUCCACGGUUCAAAGAAUUAAACACACUGUACAUAGCCUUGAGUAUUAAAGGAUUGAUUGUUCCCUGUGUAAGCUUUUUUAUGGAUUUUCAUUUCUCUCUCCACAUUGUUACAAUAAGACAUUUGACAGGAAAGCUCACUGUAGUGCUUUUUGUGUUUUGAAUUAAUGAACAUUUCCCAGAAGAGUUACCAUUAAUCUGGCUUUUAUGUCAGCUUCUUUAUGUGUGUGCGAGGGAUGAUUGUCCUCAAGCCUUUACAAAGUGCAAUAUCAAAAUGAGAUGAUUUAUUUCUAUGAAUGUUUAUUGUAAUAGCCAGUACUUUUGACUGAAUAGAGGAAAAACAGAAAGGAAAAGCCAGUGUUGCCUAGCACAGCAUUGCAUCUGCAAUUCAAAUCUUUGCAUUUACUGAAAUUUAAAUUAAGAUAAAGGAAAAUGAUACAUAUUUGAUUAAAAAAAGAAGGUUUUUGGCACCCUAAGAGUCACAUUCAUUAUUUAAGAUGUGUCCUUGUGCACCAGAGAAAAACAAGAUCUCAUAUGACUCAUGACUUAUUCCAGUAUGUGUUGCAGUCUUGUAAUUGCAUUUCUUGUAAUCUAAUGUAUAAAUCUUUUUUUUUUUUUUUUGGGGGGGGGGAUAACACUGAAACACAGUACAUGUCUAAACGGUGCAUUGCCUAUGGAAUAAAGUGCAAGUUUAAUUCUCA